UUGACUGAGUUUUAAACUUGAUAAUUUUUAUUAUUAACGAUCAAAAUCGAUAACAAAAAAACAAUAUAUUCUUUUUUUUUAGUAUUUCUAAUUCUUGUAGUGGUCCAAAUUUAUUUCACAAGCUUUCAAUAAACAAUGAGAUAUUAAUUGCAGAAUAUGGCAACAAUUAGAGUAAUAAAUAAUAUAAUUAGACAAAAGACAUGUCAUUAUAAUAGAAUUCCAUCUUUAUUAUCACCGCCGUCAUUAUUAUUAUUGUGUAAUGGUAAUAAAGUGAUAAUUAAAAAAUAUUCAAAUGAAAAAAAAAAAUCUGAAAUUACACAUUUCGAAAACAAUGCAACUGAUAAUCAAGUAUCAACAUCAUUUGCGGAAGUAGUUAAAGAAAAUACAAAGUCAGCAUGGUACGUAAGCGUGAUAGUUGCCGGUGUCGGCAUAACGGCAUUGAUGUUCUACGCAAUAUUCCGUGAACUAUUUUCGGAUAAAAGUCCAAGUAGUGUUUAUAGCAAAGCUGUAGAUAAAUGUGUAAAAGACCCAAAAGUCAUUGACGCACUUGGUGAGCCGAUAAAAGCUUACGGUGAGGAGAGCCGUCGUGGUAGACGCAGACACACCAACCAUGUCGUCUAUCAACACAACGGCAGAACGUACAUGAGAAUGAAAUUUUACAUUCAGGGAGUACGUAAACGUGGGACUGUAAAUUUGGAAAUGAGAGAGGAUGAUAACGGAAAUUUUGUCUACCGAUACUUGUUUAUCCAGCUAGAAGAUAUGUUCCGUUCAGUUAUUGUUUUAGAAGAUAACCGGGCAGCGGAAGGUGACUCAAAUAAAAGUGACAAGUUCGCGCCACAAAAUUUCCCAAUCUUAUCAAACCAAUAAAUAAAUUGAAUUUUAUUCUCAUCAUUACAUUAUCUUUACAACUCUAGUCUAGUAUGAUGACACUUGAAAUAAACUUCUCUUAUUCAUUUUAUAAAUAUUUUUUUUCAAAAAUAAAAUUUUUACCACUA